AUGGUUGAUGUUCCAGGACCUCGGCUCCUAUCUCUGCUGCUGCUGUUGAGUGUGUCGGCUCUGCCUGCCGGCGCAUACACUCUGACCCCCGGCAGACUGCCCCAGGCCCAGCACAAAGUCCUGCAACUCGACUGGCCUAAGGACUGUGGCAUGGCACACUACAAACCCAACAUGGCUGAACGGAUCGUCUCUGGCAACGAGGCCAGACCUCACUCCUGGCCAUGGCAGGUCUCCCUACAGGUUCGUCCCAGAGGCAGUAAGCACUACAUCCACGUCUGUGGCGGAACACUCAUCCACAAGAACUGGGUCCUCACCGCUGCCCACUGCUUCCAGAAGGGUAAAGCCGAGGAUGCUGGGAGUUGGAGGAUCGUCCUGGGGAAGCAUCGGCUGAAACGUUCUGAGACGCCCGAGAGGACUAUCCCGGUGAAGAGGAUCUACCGUCACGAGCACUUCCGUUACCCCACGCACAGCGAGCUGGACUAUGACAUCGCCCUGGUCAAGGCUGCCACCGACAUCGUGCCCAACAACCACAUACGCUACGCAUGCCUGCCGCGCAAACAGAUCAACCUGAAGCCUGGACAAUACUGCUGGGUGACCGGCUGGGGAGACACUCGGGGUGGGAAGGAGAAUGUGUCUCUGGCUGAGGCUCUGAACCAGGCCCGUCUGCCCAUCAUCGACUUCAAGACCUGCCGUCAGAAGAAGUUCUGGGGAGACCGCGUCAGGGACUCCAUGAUCUGUGCCGGCUUCAGAGACACAGAAGGACCACCUGCUGCCUGCCAGGGUGACUCAGGGGGUCCUCUGCUGUGCCAGCUGGGGCGUGACAGGUGGGAGGUGCACGGUGUGGUGAGCUUCGGCCCCAUUGGCUGCACCGUGGAGAACAAGCCCAGCGUGUUCACCCGCACCGCCAACUACAUCCCCUGGAUCGAGGCUACCCGCAUCAGAGACUUCUUCCUGCACUAG